AUGGGUCGCAGAAAGAUCGAGAUUAAAGCGAUCAAAGAUGAUCGUAACCGUUCAGUCACAUUCCUGAAGCGAAAGGGUGGUCUAUUCAAGAAGGCGCAUGAGCUCGCAGUUCUUUGUUCGGUCGACGUCGCUGUCAUUAUCUUUGGUCACAACAAGAAACUUUACGAGUACUCUUCGUGUGAUAUGCCCGAGGCUCUGGGGCGCUACCACUAUUUCGGAUCUCCCCAUGAACACAAAGGACCCGGUGACUUUGAAGGCAAGCGCGACGAUGAAGAUGAGGAAGACGAGACCACUCCCGCUCCCGAAGAGAUGCAAGCCCAGCAGAGCCACCCCGCCAUGCCGCCGCACCUACAACAGCCCGGAUUCCAACACAUCCACCAUGCGCCGUCUGCGUCUCCUCCCAUCUCCAAUGGCCUUCCGAUAUCUCGACAUGGCACCCCUUUGUCACAAGGUGUCUCCCGACCCACGUCUAGAAACCACACUCGUCGGGUCAGCUCGAACCUUGGCCCACAUGGACAUGCUACCCCGCCGCCGCCACCUGCUCCCCCAAACGGGUUCGCAUACAUGCCUAAUCCCUCUAUGUAUAACCCCAAUGUUCACUCUGCUAUGGCACAGCAACGCCCCGGGCAGUACCAGCAGUAUGGCCAUCCCCACCCCGGUCCACAGGAACACCGCCUCAGGCGAUGCAUCACCAGCACGGCAUGCCUCCACACCAGAUGCCUUCCCAUCAAGAUGGGAAUGCCGCCGGGGUCGCAUGCUCCAGUACAACAGGUCUCGCAGGCCUAUAUCUCGGAGCCAGGUAGAGGCUCGAUGCCACCCACAUAUGCACCAGAGUCCCAGGAUCGCGCAGUUCCAGUAAACGAGGGCUCCCAGGAUAAUGUGCCGGGUGGUUUAAAGGUGGAUCGUAGCCACUCUCCGCCACAAGGAAAAUCGUUUUCAAAGUCUCGCAGUAUCUUCACCCCAAUUGAUGAUCGUGGAUCCGUUCUUGCCCGUCAUUUCGGAGCGGGAGCGCCGACAUACGAGUCUCCUCGUGGGAACCAGGCUUUGAGGAUGGAACCACAGGGUAAUUCGCCCGACACAAAACCUACUCCCAUGAGUGAGCCUGCACAUCCCCAGUCAAUGCCGUCGGCGGCAGAUCUCAAACCUACUCGAAGUAGUAGUGGUGUACAAGCAUCGAAACGCCCUCAACUCAAGGUCCAGAUCCCGAGCGAGACCUCUGAUCGGGGCAGUGCAACGGGUGAAUCCGGUUCACGAGAUUCCGCUGGCAAUAACACGGUGACACCUGCCAAAGACAAUCCACCGACGGGAGUAGUUCUACCACCACCAUCGCCAUCGGCAGGCGCAAUUCUUAGCGCCGGUGCCCAGGGACCUCCAAAUCCGUUUGCUCGCCCUCCACCACCGGGUACCACCACUCAGAAUAACUCAAAUGGCAACAAUGCCAGCAAUACGAACAAUGGAAACACCCAAAAUAGACACGAGACCCCAAUAUCCGCUCUCCCAAGCCGAUUCAUGUCCGACGCUCUUCUCCCAUCACCAUCUAGUUUCUUCGCCGACGACUGGGCCGCCUUUGGCCGCUCAGGACCGGACUCAAACUUAUUGCCGAGCCCAUUGAAUUUCCCGACGCCAGCGGUACAAAGCGGACCCAGCUUCUCUCGUGAUGACGAACAAGACAAAAAACGCAAAAGUCCAGACAGCGCAUCCGGAGGAGAAGGAUCCAGCAAAAAGCCAAAAACCGAUGGUAGCUAA